AUGACGCCUAAGCAGCGGCAGCCGUGCUACGUGCUCGGCGUGGGCAUGACCAAAUUCAUCAAGCCGCGCGGCAAGGUCGACUAUACGGAACUGGGAUUCGAGGCUGGUGUCAAGGCGAUGCUGGAUGCACAGAUCAACUACGACGACGUCGAACAGGGCGUUGCUUGCUACUGCUACGGCGAUUCCACAUGCGGCCAGCGUGUCUUCUAUCAGUUCGGCAUGACCCAAAUCCCCAUCUACAAUGUCAACAACAACUGCUCUACUGGCUCGACCGGUCUCUAUAUGGGCCGUACUCUCAUCGCCAACGGUGCUGCUGACUGCGUUCUCGUCGUCGGCUUCGAGAAGAUGAUGCCCGGAAGUCUGCAAACAUUCUUCCAGGACAGAGAGAACCCCACCGGAACGACCACGAUGAUGAUGGCUGAAACGAGAGGAUUGACCAAGGCUCCUGGUGCCGCACAGAUGUUUGGCAAUGCCGGUCGGGAAUACAUCGAGAAGUACGGUGCUAAGCCCGAGGACUUCGGAGAGAUUGCUCGGAUAAACCAUGCACACUCUGUCAAGAACCCGUACUCUCAGUUCCACGACGUUUACACACUUGAGCAAAUCAUGAACGCACCCAAGAUUCACGAGCCACUCACCAAGUUGCAAUGCUGCCCGACUUCGGAUGGUGGUGCCGCUGCUGUGCUCGUCUCGCAAGCCUUCCUUGACGCGAGACCGCACUUGAAGGACCAAGCUAUCCUCAUCGCCGGCCAGUGCCUGGCAACAGACGCUCCAUCUCUCUUCUCACGCAGCGCCAUCGAUUUGAUGGGCUACGAGAUGACACAACACGCCGCCCGCACCGCUCUCGGGGAGGCCGGCAUCACGCCCCAGGACUGCCAAGUGUGCGAGCUGCACGACUGCUUCAGUACAAACGAGAUGGUCGUCAUCGACGCCCUAGAGCUCAGCGAGAAGGGCAAGGCGCACGAGAUGGUGCGCCGCGGCGACAUCACCUAUGGCGGCAAGAUCGUCAUCAACCCCUCGGGCGGACUCAUCUCAAAGGGUCACCCGCUUGGCGCAACCGGCAUUGCUCAGUGCGCCGAGCUGGUCUGGCACCUGCGCGGCUGGGCGAACAACCGCGCCAUCCCGCAUACCAAGCAUGCACUUCAGCACAAUCUAGGUCUGGGCGGUGCUGCUGUGGUGACGGUGUACAAGAGAGCAGAUGGCAAGGAGGCGCCUGUGGUGGACUCGGCGACGGUGGGCAAGAUCAACAAGCUAGGCUACAACCCGGCCGUGGAGGCCAAAGGUUUUACAGCGGCACACGCAAAGGCCGUAAGAAGUAAGAGCAGGUCAAGUGACUGGGCGCUGCAAGAUACCGAGAAGAAGGUCGAGGCGAGGUUUUGA